AAGAGCAUUGCGUUAACAACGCAGGUUGUGGGUUCGAUCCCAGGGGAUUGCAAAUACCUAUGUAAAAUGUAUAGGAUAAAGCAAUUCUGCCGCUGUUCCAUCUGCUGUGAGAAGUACCCGUGGGCAGCUAUAUCAAAGCCAUGGAGCAGAUCAAUAAUAUUCAGGUCGUUCCUUGCACCAACUCGAAUUAUCUGAGACCGUUUAGGGUGCAUUAUAACCAGAAUGGAACAAAGAAGUCGUGGGACUUUAUGCAAACCCAUGAUAGUGUCUCUGUACUGAUUUUCAACACCACCUCACACUGUUUCAUCCUGGUCAAGCAGUUCCGCCCAGCUGUGUACAUGAGUGAAUGGGAGCGGAGCAAACCUAAGCCCCUGCAACCAGCAGAAGAAGGGGCCGCAGAUGCCACACCAACAGAACCCAAAGUCCCAGAGGAGGGCCAAGCAGGGGAUACAACCGAAGAGACGUCAAGCCCUCCUAACCAACCUCCGGCAUCAGCAGGCGUCACCUACGAGCUAUGUGCAGGCUUGGUGGACAAACCUGACCUCUCUUUGGAGGAGAUUGCCCGGCAGGAGAUACUGGAAGAGUGCGGCUUUGACGUGCCCGUCACCAAGUUGAGAAAGAUCACGUCGUACAGGUCAGGCGUUGGUGUGACCGGAUCCAAGCAGACGAUGUUUUACGUUGAGGUUUCCGAUGAGAAUCGCGUUGGAGAGGGAGGAGGUAAACCCCAGGAGGGAGAAUUGAUCGAAGUGUUCAAAGUCCCGCUGCACGAAGCGAUGACCUUCGCCUUCGACGAGAGCAUCCCCAAAACAAUGGGCGUCAUUUUUAGCUUCAUCUGGUUCCACAACAACAUGUCACCGAAGUACAAGAUCUCCACUAAUGUCUAAUAACAGUUAAAAGCCAUCGUCGUACAUUUUUUAUAUACUGUGUUCACUAACAGUGUUUAUUUUUUCAGUUCCUUACACCGUUUGUUGUGGUUCUGGCUGUUGUCUUUUUUUUAUUCUGAUAUGUAAGCUACAUUUGUGGAUUUUCCACUUUUCAUGGGAGCUGACACAUCCCGACAGGUUACCAUAGAACUGAAGAGGCUCAUUGUGAGCUUGUUUUGUGUAACCGAAUGCUUUGUUUUUAACACGUCAGGUAUUCCAACCAACCAUUUGAUGCAUCUUUUUGAAAUCACACCAUGGCCCUUAAAGACUUUGUAAUGGUGAGCUAGUGUGCUUUAACAUGAGAGGGCAAGAUUUGAAAGACCGUGUUGAUACCAUCUCACUUUGAGAGGAUUAGGGAGAAGAUCUCUCGGAUCAUUUACGAACAAAGCCACGCAUGGUGGCCAGAAAGCGAGACCACUCGACAUGUUCCCACCAAUUUCGCAAAAAGAUAGUAUUAAGUCUAUUGUGAUCAUAUGUGGACAACACACAGGCAGCUACCCAACUGAGAGAACUUGACAGCCACUACUAAACACUAGUAAACAAUCAUUUGCUGAAAAUCUGGAAAUGAAGUUCUUGCAUAUAGUGUAUCUCAGGUCCAGAGCUACCUUGUUUUGUGACAUUCAGGGUUAGGGACAAUGCUGAAAAAAUAUUGUUAGUGACAAUAAUUUUUGUAAUGCUGCUUAAAGUUGAUAUUCUAAAUGUUUUGCACAGUUUAUGAAAUACAUAUAGAUGUAGGAGUGACAUUCUAGUCCUACAAGUUUAAAGCUGCUGCACCAUAAUCGACUUUCAGAACACAUUAUUGAAUUUAAUGUUAGGACUGCAUGUGUUUGCUUGCUGAAAAAACGACUGAAUUUUUCACAUUAUGCUAUGAAAUAGUUUCAGAAAGAGUUACUGGUACCUCCUGAAGUCAUAAAACAAACAGUGGUCGAAUUCUAAAAUCUUGAAUUUCUUACUUGAAAAUCAUUUGUAAUAUUGAUCCAGUUUAGAAAUAUAUAGUUGUCGACUAUAAAUACAUCUCACACAAAUAUAAGUGAUAUACUCUCAGUAUUUUCCAAGAUACCUGCAAGUAGUUGCUUCAUUUACAAAAGAUGAUUCAAUUUAGCAUGAGUCGCCUUCAAUUGUAUACAAAAACUAUACUGAUGCUAUAGGACGCAAAAGCCAUCUGAGCCAUCAAUUGUAGUUCAGUUCAGAUUCUGUUGCACAGAACUCUUAUCUACACUGGAUAUCAAUUCAUGUUGUCUUUCAUAUUUCUAGAAUAUUUCGCGAAUGAUAUUUAAGUACGCAAAUACACACUGUAAAAAAACACAAAAUUGAAAUUUUCUGGCAGCUGGGGCGCUAGAAACAAACCGUGAAAUAACAGUUUUUCCUUGUGACAUUACAGGUAUUCCCCGUUUUUCAUGUAAAUUUGCGGUGUUUUCUGUAAUUUUAUGUCUUUUGAGCGUAUUCUAAAAAAUACUCCAAAAAUCUUGAAAAAAAAUGAAACAUUCUGUUAAAUUACCGUUUUUUUGACAUUAUAUGUGGAAAAACUGUUAAAAAAAUAACGUUUUUUACUGCACAUUUUUUGUAUUUUUUUAUCGGUUUCGUUCUCGAACUUUAGCACCACCACAUAAAAUCUGUAUUCUAAGAUGAACUUAUUGUAAAACAUUCCCUCUCACUGUACUCUAGUCUAUAUUUUAUUGUGAUUGAGUGUUAUGGCUUUGUUAUCAAUGCAGAUAGUCAAUAUGCUAGUUCACAACGGUCACAUUUAUAGUAUCAUAACAGCAGAUUCAGUCUGAUACUUUUAGGUACUUUUCGGUAACUAGUGAUUUAUACACUUUAUCAUUGUGGUUGGUGGGUUUAGGAGAACUUUUUCUUGUUUUCGUUUCAUUUCUGUCUGAAGUAUGCAAAAUUUAAUUAUGCAUUAGUUUUGUUAUAGUCAAUGUUAUUGUUUUUGUGAUCAUAUCAUAAUGCUGUUGUCGUCUUAAGAAUCACUUCUUAUAAAUCACGUUUCUGAACUUUUUGGAGUGUUUUGUACAUUAAUCUCAGGAUAGGGCUUUGUUUCUUCGAAAUAAUGAUUUCUUGUUGUUUUAUUGUCCAGUGCCACUGUUACUAAUACUUGGUUUCUCGACUCAGUAUUCCUACAGAGGUGUUUCUUUUACUCACUAAAGUCUUUAUAUCUCUUAUUUUUGAUCUCACAACCUUUGUUUACUGAUUUUUUUUAAUGGCACCUCAAGCAAAUAUAUAUUUCAAAUAUGUAAUAUAUAUAUGCAAAAACGUAUCUUUUGAAAUUUGAAAAUAUAUUUAUUUCAAAAGUGAAAUAUUGCAUGUGCA